UGUGAUUGUGGCCGCUUACCUUUUCAAAAAUCAGGGUGCUGGUACAAGUAAAGGCACGCUUGAGAGUUGGUUUGCUGAUAUGAAACAACCAUUCAACAUGCAUGCAAUGCAUUCUGCAGUUAUCUUGUCUGUUUUGUGUGCAGGUCUAUAUCCUAAUGUGGCUGCGACUUUAGAGGGCACUGUUGGCGUACCUCUUGGUAGAAAUAAAGCACCAUCGAACAACAAUUCGACAAAUGAUUGCCCUAUUUUGUUUGAUGGGAGAAGCGAAGUCCAUGUUCAUCCAUCCUCAAUGAACUAUAACAUAAAUGGCUUACGUUAUCCAUUUCUUGUUUUCCUAGAAAAGGUUGAAACCAGCAAGGUGUUUCUGCGAGACACUAGUAUUAUAUCUCCUUACUCUCUUCUCCUUUUUGGUGGCUCUAUUUCUGUUCAACAUCAGAUGGGUUCAAUCAUCAUAGACAACUGGAUGAAACUAACCGCGCCUGCACAGAUAGCUGUUCUAUUCAAGCAACUUCGCCUAACGCUUGACGCUGUUCUAAAAGACUUCAUUCGCAAGCCAGAGAUGAUGUCUUUUUCCAAUAAUGAAGUGGUCAAGUCCAUAGUUCAUCUCUUACUGGAGGAGGCCGCAUCACACUUUUCUUAAAUAUCAGGAACAUUGUCAGCGAAGACUUGAUGAUGUGUGAGUUGUGUUUGAAGGAAUCAAAAUAAUUGAUAUCAAUAUGAUUCUUCUCAAAUAUACUUUAACUUUAUUGUAUGUCAUAAAGGGAUGAAAAUUGAUUUUUUCAACAAUUGAUGGCAAUUAUGGAGAUACUUUUUUUAAAGUCUUUGUUAGUUUUGUAUUUUGCAAGUGUAGCUACAUUCAUUUGGCAA